GUUCUUCAGUCAGGAGAGAGAGGGAGAGAGAGACGCGGGGCAACAGCGUUGUGACUCACAUGGAAGUCUGCUCCUCCACCUCCUCCUCCACCUCCUCUACCACCGCUGUGUAAUCUGGCUGGUCCAGGGCUCUGGCGCACCGACGCGCACAGCACUUUGCCUUGUGAUAAGACUCCUUGGAAGAAGACGAGAAGAACCACAGCUCUGACCCGCAGCCACAUUCACGGUUAAUGAAGAAAACACGCUCAACUGGUGGAGAAAACAAUCAAACGGAUUUUACAAAAUCAUCCAUUUUUAUGUUUAUAUUCUGAAAUUUAACACGUUUUGGAAUACUUUUGAAUUAUUCUGUAGUUUUUUGUGAACUGUGGAUCUUUUUGUCCUACGUGGGGAUGUUUAGACUUUAGUUGGAGACGCACGCGCUGCGUUUAAGAACAUCUGGAGGAACAUCACCUAGGCUUGUUUGCUUUCUCCAACAAACUGGACCGAACGAGUUCCUCUUCUUCUUCAGCCUCCACGGACAUCUGCACCCAGGGACCCCUCCACCGCGACCCCUCAGAGAGAGGCUUCCCUGCGCCUCCAUGAACGCCCGGUCCGCUGGAGAGGCUCGAGGCUGGGCAGCAAGAUGAGCUCGUGGGUAAAGCUGCUGCUGCUCGCGCUGCUGGCGGCGUGCGCGCGGUGUGGCGCGGCCGAGGAGGAUGCUCUGCCUGCAGCCCUGGUAGAGCUGGUUAGGAAUAGCCCCAUCUCCUCCAUCGAGGACCUCCAGCUGCUGCUGCUCUCUGACUCCGUAGAUGAGGAGGACAGAACUUCUGCAGCCAGUGAAGGUCACAGACUUCCCCGAAGCCUCCAGGCUCAGCCUGCUCAGCAGGCUCUGUGUAAAGUUCGUACAGAGGUGGUGGAGGUCACCAGAGCCAUGCUGGAUCGGAGCAACGCUAACUUCCUGUUAUGGCCGCCAUGCGUGGAAGUGCAGCGCUGCUCAGGCUGCUGCAACACCAAGAGCCUGCAGUGUGUUCCUAUCGUCACACACACCAGAUACCUGCAGGUCAUGAAGAUUGAGUACGUCAACAAAAGGCCCACUUAUGCCAAAGCAGUGGUGUCAGUCGUGGAUCACGUGGAGUGCAGAUGUCAGCCCGCUCCGAGGCUGCCGGCUCUCAAGAAGAAAUCCUCCCGGAGACAGCACAGCCACCCGCAUCGAAACCAGACGCUUGGCCCAGGACCUGCUCAGGGACAGGUGAAGGUUCACUCCAAAGACGAGCUCCACCAGCUGGAUGAGCUGAAGCAAACCCAGAGGGCCCAUCUGGAGGACCUCCUGGAGCAGUACUGGAACCCCAGAGGAGACACCUUCCCUCCACCUGGAGAAGGAUACAGCCUGGCGGGGGAGGACUCAUCUCGGCAUGAAGAGGGCGUUCCCUUCGCGCCACACUGGGGUCACAACUUCUCAAAGCUCCUUCACCAGACUGGAGACCAGACUGAGAACCAGGAGAAGGACGGUGGGGUCUCUGAUGACAAAAGCCUUCCCUCAGUUGGUCGCGUUGGUGUGGAAGUAAAGAGAAAGUUGGGGGAACAAGGGGACAUGCUGCUUUGGAACAGCACCGAAGGAACUACGAGAACCAGAGACACACAGACACAAAGUCCCCUACGGCAAGAGGACACGUCCAAACACUCAAACAGCUCUUCUAGCGGACUCUCUAGGGAGGUUUCUGACUACCCCGUGUUCGGUCCGAGAGAAGAACCUCUGAUUGAGGGAGCAAGUAGCAGGUUCAGACCUACCAAAGAACCAAAUCCAGAUCCUCAAGAGCAGGAGAGAAGGAGAGAAAACGAGACUCCAGAGGUGGAGAGGAUGCCACCGAGCGAGGAGGAAAAAGUCGAGGCAGAGCGGAAAGAGCUCCUGCUUCUCCACACGAGGCUGGACCAAGAGAAGGAAGCUCUGCGACAGAAAAUGAAACAGGAAGAGGAGGAGAGGCUGAACGAUAAAGAAGCAGACAGUCAUCGUCGUGGGAAACAUCAUCUGCAGACGUCAACUCAGACACCAGAGACAAGAUCUGCACCUACCACACGGCAGCCGCUGACCUCGACGGGUCGCAGACUUCCCGCUCGCCCGAACCAGACAAGGAGGAGGAUGAGGAAGAAUCGCAAACGCAUCAGCAAGGCAGCUAUGAGAGCGAUGCUCAUGUAGAAGUCCAACAAAACCAGGAACAGACGGAGGACAUGGUGGAGUCCAGAGACGAAGUAUUUACUUGUUGUCCGUAACCCGCUCGUCCAUUGAGAUCUCCUUGGUAACACUACUAAUGACCGUCUGCCCAGCCUGUGACCAUUCCCGGACGGAGCGCAAGCAGGAAGGAAAAGGGAACGAAGGACCAUCUCUGAUGAAAGCUGAUGGGAUAAUCCAAAGACGAAGAGCGUGCAACAGAAAGGAAAAGACAUUGUUGUUGAACUGUGGAGAAAAACGUGCAAUUUCAGAUUUCUUCCUGGAUCCGUGUUUAGAUAUCAGCAGACAGAAGCUGCACUUGUGACGACAUGAACCACGUCCUGGUGGGGUUCGAUGGUAGAAAUACCGGAUUUUGUGAGAACCACUGUCCAAUCCGAACCUGAAAAUAAACAAAAACAAGACGCGAUCUGAGACAAUCAACAGAGAAGUUCCAUGUGUGAUGUCACUGAUGAGCUCAGUCAAAUAACCACAUUUCCUAAUGUUUAACUCAAACACUGGAAUAGUACAGAGAUGAUGAGCGAGUGAAAAGAUCUUUUUACGUCAGUGACGUUUCUGUGUUGCUACCUUUCUUAUUUAUUUGUCUGAAUUAUUACUGUGGAUUAACUUUCUGUACAAAUACUGCAAACAGGAUGUUGCUGAGAUUUAUCGUGGCUGGGGGGGGGG